AUGAACAAAAGCCGCGGCACCGUCGCAGAAAUGCGUAGGGACCCAGGCCUUGACAGCCUCCACACGCUUUUUCAAUUCUACACGCCAAAGGCUUCUGCCUCUGCAGAAGACGGAAAACGCAGUGGACUCGAGUCUGUUUCUAGAGCGAAAGCUAAACAGAAGAGAGGAGUUAUCCUUGAUGCAGACUCUUUAAAGGUGAAACUCUUCAAAAUGUUUGAUGCCGCGGGCGCUGCGGGUCUUCAGCUGAAGCAAAUUGCAGCGCAGACUCAGCAGCCUUUGUCCCAUGUGAAGGCUGUAGUAGAAGAAAUAGCAGAGCAGCGCAAGCGGCUCAGCGACAGGAAGGCAGUUUACUUCUUGAAGCAGCAAUACAGCGUGUACAGUGCUGUGGUAGAGGAGCAGCCGACACAGAAGAAGCUGAAACUCAAGUAG